AUGAGGAACAAGCUGUGGCACAUAGUCGACGUGCGCGACACCGCCGACGCGCUGCUUCUUCUCUACGAGGCGCCCGAGGCCGCCGGCAGGCACAUCUGCGCCCCACAUGUCAUCACCGCCCGCGACCUGCUGGACUUGCUCAAGCGCAUGUACCCUGACUACCCUCACAUUAGCAAGGAAAGCAUCAGUGACAUGGAUCACCCGGCUCCUAUGACGACCGACAAGCUCCUGAAGCUGGGGUGGAGCUGCCGGUCGCUGGAGGAGACCAUCAGGGACAGCGUCGAGUUCUGCCAGCAGGCCGGGUUUCUGGACGAUGUGGAGGGGGCAGAGCCAUGCCGUUUCCCUUCUGUCUACAACAAGAUUUAG